CUUCCCGUAGGUGUCAAUAGACCCGUAUUCCGGAGAAGGAAACUGAGGCUCAGAUUAUGGAAUUUGCCCAAACCCAAGCCCUUCGGGACUCCAGUGAGCUUUUCAUUAUAGAAUACGCUAGUUUCCCCUUGGCUUCAAGCGCUGUCCCUUCCAGAGUCCCCCAUCAUAAUGGCCUAGCACUGUGUCUUGCACCGUAGGCCCCCAGUAGUACAUUAGGCUUUUCUAAUUAACUAGGCUGAAACACUCAUUACCAGAACCUGGUAGUUUGAGGUUUCAUAGGUGGGGAAUAGGCUGAUAAGUAUUUGCGGGGAGGACUUUAAAGGGGACUCCAGAGUUGUUCAAGGCAAUUGAAUGGGUUAGGGUUGCUGGGACUGAUUAGCGUGAAGAUGAGCAGAGUGGGAGGGGUAGGUGGGAUGAAUAAUGUGUCUUUCAGGUGUCAAUGAGGCCCACCAUCUGUGUACUCACUGCUUUCCCACACCCAACACUUUUGUCCCGGUGAAACCCGCUUGUAAUGGUAAUUAUUACAGUUGACAUUUGAUGGGCUCUGCGUGCUGGGUGGUUUCAAGUACCUAAUCCUCACAAACAACCCCAUGAGACAGACAUUAUUAUUCCCAUUUUACAGGUAGGGAAAGUCAGGUACAAAGAAAGCACAAAACUAAGUGGCUGAACUGGUUUUGAACCCUGGUAAUCUGGCUAGAGCCCCCUCUCCUUCACUAAACUAAAUUGCACCUGCCAGUGAUGGGAACAACAGCUUUGAAAGUAGAAAGCUAGGCGAGAUGACAGAGAGGUGUGUUGUCGGGCAGCCCAGGACUUUUUGCCUUGGUGAAGGCAAGUAAGAAACUUGGAGGCUGACAGUGUGUGUAUAUGGAAUCUCAGACUUCUCUCUAGUCAGUGAUUCCAGAUCUUUGCAUUUGACAGAAGAAACAAUGCAAGGAAACAAAAGCCACAUUCCUGCAAAGUUGCAGCUUUCAUUUAGGCACCCUAAGAACAUUCAAAACACAACUACCAUCUAUUAGUAUCAUCAUUUCAUAAAAGCAAGUGCAUUUUAAUUCCCAAAAUAAGAAAGACUCAUCUAAAUAAAAAGCAGUCAUUCCCAAGGAAGGACAGUCAUUGACUUCACACCAACAAAUGGACUUCCCUCUGUUUGGUUUGUUUUUUUUUUUUACUUUGCUAUAAACUAAUGAAAAUGUCACUCUGGGCAUGGCAUCUGCCUCUCCAUCCCUCUGCAUCAUUUGAGAGCAGAACCAAAAGAAGUGGGCCUUAGGUGUAGCCGAAAAGUGUUAAAGCCAAGAAGGAACUCCUUUUUUGGAAACCUUUAAAGAACAGGUAAGCACAGCAUUUGCUUAGGAAACGAGGGUUGCAGAAUCAAGUCCAUAGACUGGAGAGGCCAGUAGCCCUGGGUGCUACCCCAGAGAAAGGCAGGAAUCUUGUUCUGAAGGAUCUAGCCUCAGAUCCACUAGGGUAGCCUUAAAACCUAAAGCUGUCCCAUCAGGCAGCCAUUUCCUGCCUGGAGUUCAUAGGGCAUGACAGGUGGUUUUAUGGCAGCUGGAGACCUCCAAGGGCCUCUGUUACCCCUCCUUGCAGUAGUCACCCACCUUGGGGCUGGGUAGAGUGCUACGAAUGACCUUGAGGAGGACCAAGAACAGUAGAGAGGAAGGAAAGAGAACAGCCACCUGGGAGUUGCCUACAUCCUGGGGUGUGAUGGGUGAAGGCUCUGGGCAGGCAGGACUUGCUGGCUGCAGCAGCCUGAGGAUGCUGUUUCCCUCCUUCCCCACCUCCUUCAAGACCAGGUAGCCUGGAGCCUAGAACCUUCCAGCAGGAGCUCAAAGCCAGGCAGGUAAAGCCCAACAAUGCUCCAUGCUGGUUCUGGGCCUGAGCCAGGCUUGGGACUUGUCACCUCCCUGUUUUGUAUAAGAAGGCGAGGCUGCAGGGUAUGGGGACAAGCAGGGAAGGGGAAAAGAGAGAAGGGUCUGCUCUCACCUGCCCCAUCCUGUUGAGAGAGACCAAGUCCUCCAAAGCGGGAUUCUCAUGUUUCUGGAAUAGUGGAAUUUUUCUGACUCCCCAGGGGGCCUCAAGCCUCAUCUCGUCCUGUAGGGUUGAAUGGGACAGUGUGCUGGGUGCUAGGGUGUGGGGCCCUGAACUGUGCUACUCCCAGAUUUAGGUCCCCAUCAUGGAAAAGCAUACACGUACCCAAAUUGUAAUCCUGGAGUUAGAGAAUGAUAAAUGUGGAUCCCCCCAGUUGCAAACAGUCACAGACUAUGCCAGGCAGGGGCAGUCCCUUCCUCCUCCAGGGUCACACUGGCCAAAUGGGCCUGGAGCCCCUGUACCCAGAUUCUCUUGUCAUGGUUCUGCCCUCAAGUCCUCAAAGAAUGACAGAAGUCAUAAUUUGAGCACCUAAGUGCAAGACUUUACCGGAUGUUGGAGAUGCGGAGAGGGCUGCCUUCAAGAGCUUCUGGCCAGACGGUUAGAUAUUACCUACUACAGGGGAACUACAGCUGCCGAAAAUGAUGGGUUUGCCUGAGGACUGCAGGACUUUAUGAAGUGCUCCCCUUGAUGGAAGGGGGCCCUGCCUGCAAAGCACCUCGAGGCCCAGCAGUGGAUCUAUGGUGAGGAAAUCAAAGAUGGGAAGCCCUGCAGUGAGAGAAAGGUGUUGCUUAUGGGCAUAUCCCAAAUACCCCUCCCAGAAACUUCCAAAAGAACCAGGCCAGAAAUUGGGCCUCUGCUGCCCUCUAAUGGAAGAAAGCAGCGUCUAGAGCUGCCUGCUGGGACCCAACAACCAACCUGCUUCCCCUAAAGGAAAGGGGAUGUGAGGGACCUUCCCGCCCAACCCCCCCCCCCGACUUUUUAUUCCCCUAGAGUCUUGAGCUUCAUUUCCAACAGCCUCUGAAGAUGAACCUUUUCCCCUUCCAAGCACUCUUGGUUGCCCCGUUUCCUGAUCACCGCCCUCCAUUCCGUUUCCCCAGUUUCCUUUGUUGCCCAGGUUCUGAUUCUGGUAUCCUGGUUCCUGGCCCCGCCAGAGUUCUGGUUCCAGAAGGCCCUUGCCAGGUGCCUUGGGCCUCGCUCCCACCCGGGUGCAAGGCCACACUGAAGACAUGGGUAUGAGCAUCCCCCAGUACCUGGGGCAAAUGGACAUCCGCAAAGGUGUAGUGGGCUUGGCCACAGGUGCUGGGUUCAUCUAUCUGCUCUACAAGGCCAUCAAGGCCGGUAUCAAAUGCCAGCCGCCCCUCUGCACUGCCUCACCCAUCUGCAUCGCCCGUGAGUGUGCGGGCCCUAGGGAGAGGGCUCUGCCCCAGGAGGCGCCUGCUCCCGAGGCCUCCAAUGUGGGAGGGCCCAAAGGCCUGGCAGUGGAGCGCGAGCGGCACGGGCGGGACUCGGGUGAGCUCCGGAGGCUGCUCAACUCCUUGGAGUACAAACAGGAUGAGUACGCCAAGAGUAUGAUCCUGCACAGUAUCACGCGCUGUGUGUACUUGCUGGAGGCCGAGGCCUCCUCUUGUACUGCUGAUGACAUAAGCUUGGUGGGCUCCAUGCUGGAUGACGAGGACAACAGUGUCAAAAUCCAAGCUCUGAACACACUUAAAGCUUUCUCUGGCAUCAGAAAAUUCAGGCUCAAAAUCCAGGAACACACCAUCAAGGUGUUGGAACUGAUCUCUACCAUCUGGGAUUCGGAGCUCCAUGUUGCAGGCCUCAGACUCCUCAACAGCCUCCCACUGCCUGACUACGUACAUCCACAGCUGCGACGGGUGAUGCCUGCCUUGAUGGAGAUCCUGCAGUCCAACUAUAUCCUGGCACAGGUGCAAGCCAUACGAUUGCUGAGCUACCUGGCACAGAAGAAUGACCUUCUGUAUGAUAUUCUCAACUGCCAGGUGCACUCCAACUUCCUGAACCUGUUUCAGUCCACACAGCCCGGGAGUCUGCUGUUUGAGGUACUGGUGUUUGCUGAGCGGCUAAGUGAGGGCCGGAAUUCACCCCACUACCGUGCUGUGAAGUGGCAUUACAAUGAACAAUCUUUGCAUGAAGCUCUCUUUGGGGAUGAGUCACGACUGGCAGAUCGGCUGCUCGCCCUGGUCAUCCACCCUGAGGAGGAAGUUCAAAUCCAGGCCUGCAAGGUCAUAGUCAGCCUGCAGUGCUCCCAGGAUGUGGGAGUCCGGCCCUCUUCCUGCAGGCCCAGUCAUUCCUACUUUAAUAGCGGGGAAAAUAAUUAAGGAGAGCCAAUAAAUGACUAUGGGAGAAAA